CAUCGCUUGAACCCACAAGGGCCUUGUUGUCGAUUCAAUGCCUUCUCGAGUCUGUUUUUGCACCAUUUGCAAAGGUGAAGCAGUGCGAUCAAGUUAUAAGGUAAAGCAACACCUUAAGUUAUACGGCUUGUGGGAUUCGAAGAAAUCCAUCGAAGGGCCGUCAACGGCUAAGAAAUCAAGAAUUAACGAAAGCGAUUCGAGUACGAAUAGUGACUCUAGCGACAGUGAAAGGUUAUCACAAAUCACAUACUCCAUCACCUGCCAGAAGGGAUUGAGAGGUUUGGGUCUGUACACGGUACAUGGAUGUUUGCCUAUGAGAGAUUCAAUUCAUGGCUGUGCAGGAGGGCGCUGAAUAGAAGACAUCCAGAGGCCACCAUUCUUAGAACUUAUCAGGUAAUGCUUUCAGUGAGCUUUGAGCACAAGUACAGAUUGUAUGGUAGAUGUACAGACAGGGUUCUUAUUAAAAGCUAGUUAAUGAUUAUUUUAGCUGUGUCAUUAUGGAUAUGCUGUGCAUGUGCCAGUGUUCAUACUCCUGGAAUUUCCUAAAUUGCUGGAAAAUUAACAUUGAAAAAUAAAUCCGGGCUUACAUUGUUAUUGUAUAGGCGGAUGCAACACUCCUGCUCAUGUAGUUAUGUUACUUACAAUAUAUGUGUAUCUGUCUAUUGUAUUCUUUUCACUAGACAUUUUCUGUAUUUAUUCUUUGUUAACAGAUCUUUGAGUGAUGUCACUAUAUGAAAUUGUGUGGAAAAAUGAGGAAUAAACUUCCCUUCGUACUUCCAUGUGGAGAUGAUAGUCACUUGAGUAGAGAUUCACUGUCACCAUUUCUCUCAGAUGGAAGUUCACUGGGAACAAUGCAUCUCUCAAAUGACAACCUGGCUCACAUGAAUGAGAUUUACAAGAAAGAAAUCCCUCAAGUCCAGUCACUGUGGACGAUUUAUCAAAUGGAGAAAGAAGUGGCUCGUAAAAAGGGAAAUCUAAAGAAAUUUCCAAAGUUUACCAAUUGGAGACCGGAGGGAAGUCAGGCUAUAUCAGAUGUGCAUUUGUCUAUCCUCGAGGGCCUUCAACCAACAGCAGUUGUCUACUACCAAUUUUUAUUGGAUGAUAAGCAGCACUCCCGCAGCUACCUUUACAUUUCAACACAACACCCACACAAAAGGCCAACUAUUGUUUUUUACAGUCCUCCCUCAAGCUCAGAGGCUAGCAGCUGUAGUGCCAGCAGGUCGUUAAGGUUUGGUGUUGUUGACCAGAUCUAUCAACACACUUUUUCACAGAAGUCAUUUAUGUGGGCAGCUGUGAGUUUCUACAGAAAGGCAGAGUUUAUUCCCAGCUGUGGUCUUUGGUGUUCAGAGGAUUCCAUUGGACAAACUGUUCCAGUCCUCCUGAGUCAUCUGUCUCAUCCACUCACAACUGCAGUUGAUGAAAACCUCAAGAUCUGGUUUUUAGAUGUUUAUUACUGACACUUAAAUGAUGCAAGUUAAUUAGUUACAAAAUUGAUGGAAAAUUAUAUUUGGAGAAACCAUUAGUUUUAGCAGGGAGCUGUCAUUAAGAGUGCAAGAGCACUCAGUAACACAAAAUUGAUGGAAAUAUCUGUCAUUAAGAGUCAUACUCUAUAACACCAGUUUAUAUGCUGAGUUCAUCUGAUUUUGAUUUACAAAUGUUAAUGUUACAGCUGAUGCCGCAACUGUUUGCAAAGAAAUUCCUAACAAUUGAUCAUGAGUGCAGGUGAAACAUUAAAAGCAUUGGGUGGCUCAGACCUUCAUGACAGUGCUGUUUAGUAUUAAUCAGAUUCUUGGGACUCAACUGCAAAACAAGAACACUUCAAGUGACUUAAAUUAAACAGAUUUUAUUCUCUUAAAAUAAUGUUUCAUCCAUUUCUACUUAGCUUUAAUUCAUGGCAUUUUCAUGAUUUUGCAUCAUGGUGAAUUCCCCUUAAAGUGUUUUCAUGGGUUUUUCAUGACCCAUGAAAUACAUAGACAGCAAAGUAACAUUUUCAUGGGUCAUGAAACCUGCCAAUAUGUAAUAUGUGGAAAUUUCAUGGCCCAUGAAAUCCAUUUUCAGUGCUCUAAAUUUUUUUCAUGGCCCAUGAAAAUCACUCAUUCCAUAUUUCAUGGGAAAUUCAUGGCUUGAAUAUAGCACCAUGAAAUCUAAAUCUCUGUUUUCAUGGCCAUUAAAAGUGCUUUCAUGGGGUUUUCAAGGCGUUUUCAUGGGAUUUUCAUUAAAGUAGCAAUUCAUAGUG